UUCUCUCAGUUUGGUGCCUUUUUCCUUUCACCGCACUCUAUUGCAUUUCUCAGAAUCUUGGAGAGCUUUAUAGUUGGAAAGAAUGAAAACCUGGUCUGGCUCUUCAUUUUAUAGUUGAGGAAACAAAACCUAGUAGAUGUUCACAAGGAUUGUCUUCAGUCAUGGCGUUGGGUUUAAGGUGCUUCCGCUUGGUCCCCCCUGCCUUUUGCAACUCUCUCACAGCCUUGACCAGACCUGUUUCAGAAGUUAAGCUGAAGACAGUGAGCGGAAGACAAAAUGACCAUGGGCAAUACGUGGCCUAUCCAGCUGUACCAAUCCGUCAUUUUGCCACCAAGAAAGCCAAAGCCAAAGGGAAAGGACAGUCCCAAACUAGAGUGAAUCUUAACACUGCCUUGGUUGAGGAUAUAAUCAGCUUGGAAGAGGUGGAUGAAGAAAUGAAGUCUGUGGUGGAAGCACUGAAGGAUAAUUUCAAUAAGACUGUCAAUAUCAGGACCUCACCAGGAUCCCUUGAUCAUAUCACUGUGGUAACUGCUGAUGGGAAGCUUGCUCUAAACCAGAUUGGCCAGAUCUCCAUGAAGUCGCCACAGCUGAUUUUGGUGAAUAUGGCCAGCUUCCCAGAGUGUACAGCUGCAGCUAUCAAGGCUAUAAGAGAAAGUGGAAUGAAUCUGAACCCAGAAGUGGAAGGGACGCUAAUUCGGGUACCAAUUCCCAAAGUAACCAGAGAGCACAGGGAAAUGCUGGUGAAACUGGCCAAACAGAACACCAACAAGGCCAAAGAUUCUUUACGGAAGGUUCGUACCAAUGCAAUGAAUAAGCUGAAGAAAUCAAAGGACAAGGCCUCAGAGGACACCAUUAGGCUCAUAGAGAAACAGAUCAGCCAAAUGGCCGAUGACACAGUUGCAGAGAUGGACAGGCAUCUGGCAGUGAAGACCAAAGAACUCCUUGGAUGAAAUCCACCAGGGGCCAGCAGUACUCCAGAGCCCAAUUUCCGGUGGAUCCUAUGGGUGGCAAGUUGGCACCUCUCAGUGCCUUCCACACGGAAGACUGUCACUGUGCAGUUGUCAGUCCUUGUGAGGCCCAGCCUUCCAGUAGGACACCCAGACUUGUCCAUUCUCAUCCUCCUGUCCCCUGUCCACCCCAUUCUGCUCUGGGCCUUCUGCCAUGGGUGGCCCUCAAAGAAUAUUUGCUGCUGACAGAGGGCCUUUAUUUGGGGCAUUUCCCUUGACUGUGACUUCUCCAAGCGACAGGACCAGUGGCAGACUUAGCACCACCUGGUCCUCAUCUUGGGAGCCUCCUUUUCAAACAAUUAGUUGGGCCCUGUCCCCAACUUUGAACUCUGCUUGGGCUGAUGUGGGCCUUCACCUGUGGCUGGAUACCUUUGCUAAAGGCCUAUUUUCAUCAAACAAUAAAAUCUAAAUAAAUUGGAAAGAAUAACAA